AGUGUUCUUUAUCCUGACGAGAAAUGGAUUACGGCAAGCUCUUUGAGAAAGCUGUGGUCGUUUCGUUCUCGGUUUCUUUGUUCUGGAAGAUCAUCAGACAUAUGUGGAGUUCGAUGAACGUGGAGAAGGAACCAGUGAAAGUACUGGUUACCGGUGCUGCAGGACAAAUCGGCUAUGCCCUCCUGCCUAUGAUUGCGAGGGGAGUCAUGUUAGGACCCGAUCAGCCUGUGAUUAUUCACAUGCUCGAUAUCGAAGAAGCUGCCGAGGCUUUGAAUGGCGUGAAGAUGGAGCUGAUCGACGGCGCCUUUCCUCUUCUCAGAGGUGUCAUGGCCACUACGGAUGUCGUCGAAGCUUGCAGAGACGUAAAUAUAGCUGUUAUGCUGGGCGGAAUGCCGCGCAAAGAAGGCAUGGAGAGGAAGGAUGUCAUGUCUAGGAACGUCUCGAUUUACAAGGCUCAAGCUUCGGCCUUGGAGCAGCAUGCCGCUGAUGAUUGCAAGGUUCUAGUGAUUGCCAACCCCGCGAACACGAAUGCCCUGGUCCUGAAAGAGUUUGCUCCUUCGAUCCCUGAGAAGAACAUCACGUGCCUCACGAGACUCGAUCACAACAGAGCGCUGGGCCAAAUAGCCGAAAAGCUGAAGGUGCACGUGAGCGAUGUGAAGAACGUCAUCAUCUGGGGAAACCACUCAUCGACUCAAUAUCCAGAUGUUAAUCACGCCACCGUCGCCACCAGCAGUGGCGAGAGAUCUGUCAGAGAUGUCAUUGCCAACGAUAAAUGGCUGAAUACGGAGUUCAUAACUACCGUUCAACAGCGCGGCGCUGCAAUCAUAAAGGCUCGGAAGCUUUCGAGUGCUCUAUCGGCUGCGAGCGCCGCCUGUGACCAUAUACGUGAUUGGGUGCUCGGCACACCGAAGGGAGCAUGGGUCUCCAUGGGAGUCUGCUCGGAUGGUUCAUAUGGAAUCCAACCAGGCCUUAUCUACUCUUUCCCCGUCACAUGUGAGAAUGGAGAAUGGUCGAUCGUUCGAGAACUUAAGAUUGAUGAGUUCUCGAGGGCGAAGAUGGAUGCCACGGCAAAUGAGCUUAUCGAGGAGAAGUCGCUGGUCUAUUCGUGUCUCGGCUGAUUCCGCAUUCUUUAUGGCGCGCAAUGAAGAGCGACCAUCUUAUGUUCUACGGUUCAGCUGCUUUGUACCAUGAUUAAACACGCCAAACUCCCGUUUAUUGCCCGCUUCACUGAAAUUAGUACGUGAAAUAAUUUCAAAUUACAGUUGC